GGCAAAGAAAAGAAGCGGCGGCGGCGGAGGAGGAGGAGGAGGGAGCGAGGAGGCGCGCGGCCCCCCGCUCCCUCCCUCCCCCCCUGACCCCCGACCCCCGCCGGCCGGGCCCCCACCCCAGCCCCGGAGGGAGCUCAUGGGAGUAUGAAGGAGAUGGUAGGAGGCUGCUGCGUAUGUUCGGACGAGAGGGGCUGGGCCGAGAACCCGCUGGUCUACUGUGAUGGGCACGCGUGCAGCGUGGCUGUCCACCAAGCUUGCUAUGGCAUCGUCCAGGUGCCAACAGGACCCUGGUUCUGCCGGAAAUGUGAAUCUCAGGAGCGAGCAGCCAGGGUGAGGUGUGAGCUGUGCCCACACAAAGAUGGGGCAUUGAAGAGGACCGACAAUGGAGGCUGGGCCCACGUGGUGUGUGCCCUCUACAUCCCUGAGGUGCAGUUUGCUAACGUGCUUACCAUGGAACCCAUCGUGCUGCAGUACGUGCCUCAUGAUCGCUUCAACAAGACAUGUUACAUCUGUGAGGAGCAGGGCCGGGAGAGCAAGGCGGCUUCAGGAGCCUGCAUGACCUGUAACCGCCAUGGAUGUCGACAAGCUUUCCAUGUCACCUGUGCCCAAAUGGCAGGCCUGCUGUGUGAGGAAGAAGUACUGGAGGUUGACAAUGUCAAGUACUGUGGCUAUUGCAAAUACCACUUCAGCAAGAUGAAGACAUCCCGGCACUCCAGCGGGGGCGGGGGCGGCAGCGGAGGAGCAGGCGGAGGAGGGGGUAGCACAGGGGGAGGCAGCAGCGGCUUUAUUGCUGGCCGGAGGAGCAGGUCAGCCUCCCCAUCCGCCCAGCAGGAGAAGCACCCUUCCCACCAUGAGAGGGGCCAGAAGAAGAGCCGAAAGGACAAAGAACGCCUUAAACAGAAGCACAAGAAGCGGCCUGAGUCACCCAGCAUCCUCACCCCACCUGUGGUCCCCACUGCUGACAAGGUCUCCUCCUCGGCUUCCUCCUCCUCCCACCACGAGGCCAGCACUCAAGAGACUUCUGAAGGCAGCAGGGACUCCAAGGGGAAAAAGUCUUCCAGCCAUAGCCUGAGUCACAAGGGGAAGAAGCUGAGCAGUGGAAAAGGUGUGAGCUGCUUCACCUCCGCCUCCUCCUCUUCUUCCUCUUCCUCUUCCUCCUCAUCUGGGGGACCCUUCCAGCCUGCAGUUUCAUCCCUGCAGAGCUCCCCUGACUUCUCCGCAUUCCCCAAGCUGGAGCAGCCAGAAGAAGACAAGUACUCCAAGCCCACUGCACCCCCCCCUUCAGCCCCUCCCUCUCCCUCAGCCCCCGAGCCCCCCAAGGCUGACCUCUUUGAACAGAAGGUGGUCUUCUCUGGCUUCGGGCCCAUCAUGCGCUUCUCCACCACCACUUCCAGCUCAGGCCGGGCCCGGGCCCCAUCCCCUGGGGACUAUAAGUCUCCCCAUGUCUCGGGGUCCGGGGCCUCUGGAGGCACCCACAAGCGGAUGCCCACACUGAGUGCCACCCCUGUGCCCACUGAGGAGACCCCUGAGACAGGCCUGAAGGAGAAGAAGCACAAAGCCAGCAAGAAGAGCCGACACGGGCCAGGCCGUCCCAAGGGCAGCCGCAACAAGGAGGGCCCUGGGGGCCCAGCCCUUCCCUCCCUGCCCGGUGCCCAGCUGGCUGGCUUCACCGCCACUGCUGCCUCACCCUUCUCUGGAGGUUCCCUCGUCAGCUCUGGUCUGGGUGGUCUGGCUUCCCGCACCUUUGGGCCUUCUGGGAGCCUGCCCAGCCUGAGCCUGGAGUCCCCCCUGCUGGGGGCAGGCAUCUACACCAGUAAUAAGGACCCCAUCUCUCACGGUGGUGGAAUGCUGCGGGCUGUCUGCAGCACCCCCCUCUCCUCCAGCCUCCUGGGGCCCCCAGGGACCUCGGCCCUGCCCCGCCUCAGCCGCUCCCCAUUCACCAGCACCCUCCCUUCCUCCUCUGCUUCUAUCUCCACCACUCAGGUGUUUUCUCUGGCUGGCUCUACCUUUAGCCUCCCUUCUACCCACAUCUUUGGAACCCCCAUGGGUGCCGUUAACCCCCUCCUCACCCAAGCCGAGAGCAGCCACACAGAGCCAGACCUGGAGGACUGCAGCUUCCGAUGUCGGGGGACCUCACCCCAGGAGAGUCUGUCUUCCAUGUCCCCCAUCAGCAGCCUCCCGGCACUCUUCGACCAGACGGCGUCCGCACCCUGCGGGGGCGGUCAGUUAGACCCAGCGGCCCCCGGAACGACUAACAUGGAGCAGCUGCUGGAGAAGCAGGGAGACGGCGAGGCCGGCGUCAACAUUGUGGAGAUGCUGAAGGCGCUGCACGCGCUGCAGAAGGAAAACCAGCGGCUUCAGGAGCAGAUCCUGAGCCUUACGGCCAAGAAGGAGCGACUGCAGAUUCUCAACGUGCAACUGUCUGUGCCCUUCGCUGCCCUGCCUGCUGCUCUGCCUGCCACCAACGGCCCUGUCCCUGGGCCCUAUGGCCUGCCUCCCCAAGCCGGCAGCAGCGAUUCCUUGAGCACCAGCAAAAGCCCUCCGGGGAAGAACAGUCUGGGCCUGGACAACUCGCUGUCCACGUCUUCCGAGGACCCACACUCAGGCUGCCCGAGCCGCAGCAGCUCGUCGCUGUCCUUCCACAGCACGCCCCCACCGCUGCCCCUGCUCCAGCAGAGCCCUGCUACUCUGCCCCUGGCCCUGCCUGGGGGCCCUGCCCCGCUCCCGCCUCAGCCACAGAAUGGGCUGGGCCGGGCACCCGGGGCAGCGGGGCUGGGGGCUAUGCCCAUGGCUGAGGGGCUGUUGGGGGGGCUGGCGGGCAGCGGGGCCCUGCCCCUCAAUGGGCUUCUGGGGGGGUUGAAUGGGGCUGCCGCCCCCAACCCUGCAGGCUUGAGCCAGGCUGGCGGGGCCCCCACGCUGCAGCUGCCAGGUUGUCUCAACAGCCUCACCGAGCAGCAGCGACACCUCCUGCAGCAGCAGGAACAGCAGCUGCAGCAGCUCCAGCAGCUCCUGGCCUCCCCACAGCUGACCCCGGAACACCAGACUGUUGUCUACCAGAUGAUCCAGCAGAUCCAGCAGAAGCGGGAGCUGCAGCGGCUGCAGAUGGCCGGGGGCUCCCAGCUGCCCAUGGCCAGCCUGCUGGCUGGAAGCUCCACCCCGCUGUUGUCCGCGGGCACUCCUGGCCUGCUGCCCACAGCAUCUGCCCCACCUCUGCUGCCCGCCGGAGCCCUGGUGGCGCCCUCGCUCGGCAACAACACGAGUCUCAUGGCUGCAGCGGCUGCGGCUGCAGCAGUAGCAGCAGCAGGCGGGCCUCCAGUCCUCACUGCCCAGACUAACCCUUUCCUCAGCCUGUCAGGGGCGGACGGCAGUGCCAGUGGCCCCAAAGGAGGGGAAGCUAUUCUCAACCGGGUGAUCGGACCAGAUACCUCCCCAAUCCCCAGUCUCCCUUCCUCUUUUUCCAGACUGCUGACAAAGGAGCCUCAGCCAACCAGGAAAAAGGCUAAAUCCACCCACGCUCCUUUAGACCCCACAAGCAGAGGGGCAGAUCCUGGUCUGAGGGGUCCCAGCCUGCAGCGGGCACCUUCACCCCUACACUGGAGAGCCCCGGAGUAUGUGCUGAGGCCUGGGGAGUGGGGGGUGCUCCCGGUGCCACGGACUGAGACCCAGAGGGGAGCCCUUUCCAUCUGCCCCCUGCCCCCGCCUCUGCACUGGCCCCUUUGUGAGGGGCUCAGAAGGAGGACAGGCUCCAAGCCCGCCUAGGAGCCCCCACUCUCAGUGAAUGUUUCAGGGUUCCCUAUAGAGCAAAGUGGGCCAUGGCAUAAGUGGGGGGUUGGUUAAACCCCCCACAUAAAAUGGAUCAGCACUUGAGUGGGAGAAGUGGGGACUAGGCCCUGGGCCUGCCCCUGCGUGGAAGUCUUCUAUGGAAGAAAGGGUGACCCUACUUGACCAUUUUUUACCCAACUUGGGCAGAUGGUAAGAGGGCUCCCUUGGACUGUUUCUUGCUGGGCUCCUUCCCCUGCCCCCCACAAGGGUCGCAAGCUGUGCUUGUAAAAGCCCACAGACUAGGGGGCCGAUGAAGGGGCAGGAUGGCAUCGAAUUUGGCCCAGGCCUCCCUACCUCCCGGGGGGUGGGUCCCAGUGAUGGGCUGGGGGAGAGCAGGGGGUGGGCGGCCCAGCCCCUCGGUACCCUGCCCUUGUUUGCACUAUUGGAUUUAGGAGUGCCGAGGGGGGUGUAGAGCUGCCUGACUCAGAGAGCGUGUGUGGGUAUGCCUGUGCACUGUGUGUGUGUGUGUGUGUGUGUGUGUGUGUGUCUGUCUGUCUGUCUGUCUGUCUCCCCCUGGUCCCCAGGCAGCCGAGGGCAGGGACAGGAGCAGUGCUCUGAUGAGGCAGUACCAGAGGGGCACUCCUAGCUCUUGUUUGCACCCUCUCACCUCACCAACUUUGGUCCCUUUCUGGGGCCCAAAUGGUUAACAAAAACCAGAACCAUACUCCAGUAUUGGAGAGUAACUGGGGGCUGGGGGCUUCAAAUCAGGGUGAUAUCCUGCCUUUCCUCCCCCAGACUCCACAUGGUCUCAGUGCCCCCGCAGCGCUCCCCUUCCACCACUGAUAGUUGGUUCUGCUUCCCUGGCACAAGGGGUGCCCCAGGGAUCAGGGGACAAGGCGAGGGGGGUAAAGUACCACUUCUUUUAGUGAAAACUGUCUCCCAGAAUCAGCCAGCCUGCCCCUCCUGCACCCUACCCCUCCCCACACCCACCAGCCAGGGGAGACUUAAGCUUAAAUUGACCUAACAACUGUUCCUUCACCCACCAGCUAUUUCCCCAGGGUGCAGUGGGCAAGUCUCACCUUAGAGUCCGCACCUGCCCAGAGCCUUUGGUGGACAAGGCUGAGGGCUGCUGGGGCAGCCAGGAGAGGGCGUGUGUCUGUGGGUGCACUGGGGUCGGAGCCAGGCGGAGCAUGGCCAGCUUCCUGAUGCCCACGUUUAGUCAGUCUCUUUGCAUGUGUGGAUUCGUGUGUGUGUGUGUUUCUGUUGUUGUUGGUUUUGUUUCAUUUUGGUUUUUUUUUUAAUAAAGAAAAGAUGUGUAUAUUUUUGGCAAUGACAGAAACGUAGUGCAGAUAUAUUUUUGCCUGUGCUGCUCAACUGGUUUUUUUCUGAUACUGAAAAUAAUAUUAAUAUUCCUGUUGCUAAGACUUUGUAAGAUGUUAGGGAGCUGAUAAUGGAGGGGGUGGGUGGGAAUCCUUCGGAGGCAAUUUCUUAGGCACUUGGAAGGGCUUGGGGGGAGGGGGGAGGCAGUUGUGAUGACCUCAGAAAUACUCACUUUUUAUUAAUGCUAAAUAGCAGUUAGAAAGGAAUGAUAGAAGUCAGCAUUUUAUUCAUCUUCAUCUAUGAAGCUCUCUAACUCCCUGCCCCCAAACCACUGAAAAGAAAAAUAACCUUCAGAGAUUCUUAGAAGAGUUGCUCAUUCACACCCACGCUCUUGCCCAAGGCCGACCCACUUAGAACCAAAGUCAGCUUCUGUUCUGUACAGUGAAGGAAGUCGAUUUACCCCAAGGCUGCCAUGGCAGAGAGUGAGAGGUCCUGGAACAAGACCUCCCCUUCCCUCCAGCACCCUAAAGUCUGGGGUUCUCAUCUCCAAGAGUCUGUUUUCUGAUUUUCCCCAGGCUGGGGUGCAGUGGCGGGUAGGCAGUUUAGAUUUGAAGGGCCCCAGGCUGCGUAUGGAUUGGUGCUGUCCCUCAAUUUGGGGCAGGGGGACAUGAGAGAGGUGGUGCGUUUCAUCUUUCGGGGUGGGGGCCGGGCUUUAUUAUAAGAAAGGUCUGGAGGGCUUCUGGACAGAGCAGGGUCCCAGUGCAAAGGGCAUGGCUCUUGAGCCCCCACCAUCUGCUCCCAGCCUCAGUCCCUUUUUCUAGGAUGAAUUUGGAUGGGGAGUAGGAAAGGAUGCAGAUUUAUAGGUGGCUCUGUCUAGGGGAAGGGAAGGAUGUGGUUUGCAGGGCGGAAGUGGAGUUUGAAACUGCAGAGUGGAGCUUAGUACGUCAUCCCCUUCAGUGUGGAGGUGUGAGCGUGGUGUGCGUGCAGAGCCGCUGUCUGGCCUCACAACAAGUGCAUGAAUGUCAGAGCUGGAAGGGACCUGUCUUUAGGAUCCUGCGAGCCAGCUCCUUGCCCCACAGGUGAUAGCUCCAAGCCUGGGGGGUGGGGGGUGGGCAGGGGCUCAGGGGCAGAGCUGCGACCAGUCCUCAGGACCCUGGCCUCCUGGUCCUGGCUCUCCUGCCCCACUGCACGCCUCCAUGUGGCUGUCCGUCUGUCCCUGUGUGUGUGGUGUGCGGUGUGAGUGCAGGGCUGUGCCCAGGGUGGGGGGUAUCUGUGAAGCACUGACUGUCUUAGCUCAGAGCUGAUGGAUCCUCUCCAGAGACAAUGACACUUUAAAGGUUGCCUUUUCUUGUCUAAGUUUUUCCGAUGUGUGUGUGUUUUCCCUUCAGAUUCCUAGGUCUAUUGCUGCCUCCAGGUGCCCUCACCUUGAGGCUGAUGAGAGCACUCCUGUCCUGAGUUCUAGGGAAGUACUCCUAGUAAGGGCCUCGACAGUGAGGGGAGCCAGAGUCUGGGCAAGAGAGAGAGCCAGCUCUGAGAAAGGGUGACCUCCACGCUGCAUUUUCCCAAACUGGAAAUCCAGACACGGGCUGUGCCUGCCAGCAUCUUCCUUGGUGUGUGGUCGGCAGAGUUAAGGGUAGGCAGCUUGCUCCCAGUUCUCCUUUAUCCCAGUUUCCUGGGGAGAGGUGCCUGGAGAGCUUUCGGUCACUUCAGUUGGGAAUCUGUAGGAAAACGGGGCGCAGUACCCUGGCUUCCUCCAGUCACAUCAGUCCAGAUUAAAAGUGUGUCUGGCUUCCAGUCCCUUUGACUUGAUCUACUGAAAAGCUGGUGACUGAGGGGUGCCUUCAUCGCCCUUUGUUCACGUCCUUCAGCCCAACCUGGGACUUAGGUGGCGGGACUGGAGACCCAAACCCUGGCUCCCAGCCUGUCCCCCUCUUUGCACCCCAGCCUUUCUCAAUGUAGCAGACCCUUCCUAGGGGAGCAGGGAGGGGAAGCCACAGUUUGCAAACCCAGGAGCUCCUUUUACAUUCUUUGUAAAGCCUCCUUUAUAUCCUCAACCCAAAUGGCAAUGCCCCUCCCCUGCCACCUCCAAGCCUGGAAUUGUGCAUAACCCGGAUCUUGUAUCUUUGUAUAACGGAUGUUAUUUGUACGAAGGGCAGUUCGUAAACAGCACUUGUUCUUUUAAUAAAAGAAUGUUUUACAAAAAAA